CCAAUAACCACUAGAAGAAGAAGAAGAAGACCUUUGUGCUUCGGGUUUCAUUGGUGUGAAACGAAAUGUAGAAAUGAAUGUAGAAAGCUGGUGAAUUCUGGGCAGAGGAGAAACGGAUUGAAGCUCAGCUGCAGCUGUGAGAAGAAACGAUCAGAGAAGUGGAGACAUCAGUUCAAACUGCGACUGGAUGCUGCAGGAGAACAGAGACACAAAAUGGAUGCUGAUUUCAAGCCCGAAGAUCGGCUGCAAACACUCGUAUUACCUGCAGAUGUUCAGCAGAAGCUGUUGGUUAAAGAAGAGGUUUCUGAAGGAUGGAGUCCUGGUGUGGAACUGCAGGACCCAGAGUUGCUCCAAACGAAGGAGGAACAGGAGGAACGCUGGCCCAGUCUGGGGGCAGAUCAGCUUAAUGUGAAGGAGGAGACUGAUGCCACCUGGUUUCCAGUAACCACAAUCCUCAUGAAGAUUGAAGAAGAUGAAGAGAAACCUGUUUUCUCACAUCUUCAACCAAAAACAAAGAACAGAGAUCUUCCUACCUGCUGUUCAGCUGACCGGGUGAAAUUGGAAACUGAUGAAGUGGUCUGGGCAGGAGCAGAAACCCGCAGGAAGCCCAAUCUAAGUACUCAUGGAGUCAUUUCAAGUUCUUCAGAUACGGAAGUCAGUGAGGAUAAUGAGGAUGAUUUGAAUCAUCCUGAUUCUCAGCUGGAAGACUUUUCUUUAAGGUGUUUGGUUAAUAAUAAAAGUUUUAAAGUGAAGAAGAAUAUAAAGUCCACAAGAGAGGCCCAAACAGAUCUGAAAUGUUUUAGCUGUAAUGAAUGUGGCAAAAGCUUUCUGAGAGAAAAUCUUCUAAAAAUACAUGUGAGAAUCCAUACAGGAGAGAAACCAUUUAGUUGUGAACUUUGUGGACAAAGAUUUAUCCAAAAAUCCAAUUUGAACAGACACAUGAGAUUCCACACAGGAGAAAAACCGUUUGGGUGUCUGCUCUGUGGACAGACAUUUAGUUGGAAGUCUAGUUUAGACUGUCACAUGAGAAUCCACACAGGAGAGAAACCAUUUGCUUGUGAUUUCUGUGGACAAAGAUUUGGUGAAAAAUCAGUUCUAAACACCCACAUGAGGAUCCACACUGGAGACAAACCAUUUAGCUGUGAUGUUUGUGAACAAAGAUUUAACCAAAGAUCACAUUUAAAAAGGCACAUGAGAGUCCACACUGGAGAAAAACCAUUUUGCUGUGAGGUCUGUGGACAACGAUUUGGUGAUAAGUCUGUUCUAAACAUUCACAUGGGAAACCAUACAGGAGACAAACCUUUUGGUUGUCAUGUUUGUGGACAAAGAUUUAGUCGUAAGUCAGUUUUAGACAGUCACAUGAGAAUCCACACAGGAGACAAACCAUUUGACUGCGAUCUUUGUGGAAAAAGGUUUAGUCAUAAAUCAGGUGUAAACAUUCACAGGAGAACCCACACAGGGGAAAACCCAUUUGGUUGUCAAACAUGUGGAAAAAGAUUUAGUCGCAAGUCAGUUUUAGAGAGCCACAUGAGAAUCCACACAGGGGACAAACCAUUUGGAUGUGAUAUUUGUGGACAAAGAUGCAACGAACGAGGACAUUUAAAAAAGCACAUGAGAAUCCACACAGGAGAAAAACCAUUUGGUUGUGAUGUCUGUGGGAAAAGAUUUAGAGAUAAAUGGCAUUUUAAUAAUCACAUGAGAAUCCACACAGGAGAGAAACCAUUUGGUUGUGAUAUUUGUGGGAAACGAUUUAGUGAUAAGUCAGAUUCCAACAAUCACAUGAAAAUCCACACAGGAGAGAAGCCAUUUUCUUGUGAUCUAUGUGGACAAAGAUUUAGACGAAAACCAUGUUUGAACAUUCACAUGAGAAUCCACACAGGAGAUAAACCAUUUUGUUGUGACUUUUGUGCAAAGAAAUUUAGACAAAAAUCCUAUUUGAAAAUCCACAUGAGAAUUCACACAGGAGAUAGGCCGUUUGGUUGUGACGUUUGUGAAAAAAAAUUUAACAGUAAGUCAAAUUUAAAAAGUCACAUGAAAAUCCACACACAAGUGAAAACUGUUCAGAUGUGAAUAUUAGGACGACUGUUGAUGUAGAACACUUAAAUGACUGCAAAGUUUUGUUUCUGAAACAAACUUCUUCCUACUUAGGAUUUUAGUCUCUGUUUUGUGCUAAAGUCUUUAUUAACAUUGAAAUGCAUACUUUGUUUUCAAAACACUUCCUAAGAUACAGUACAAUUUACACUUUUUGUACUUUUUUGUUUAAAUGAAAGACCAUGUUUAAAAAUUAAUGACUGAAACUAAAGGCCUUGUCAGCACAAGAUUAAGAGUAUGAAGACAGGAGUGUGUAGAUCUGUGAAUGUUUUGGGUAAAGGGAAUUGAAUCUGAGGUUAAAGGCUUAAUUUAUUCAAUUACAAUGUUAGAUGAGCUACUAUAAUUACCUUAUCAGUAUUCAGCCCUCGGUCUAAUAUGAAAUCUGACAGUGGUUAAAAAUUUCAGAUUAAGGGCCUGUUUCUGUAGCACAAAAUAAAUCAGUUUUGUGAUUGAAAAUUAUUUUAUUAAGUCUUUGAGAGGUUUUAUGUUAAUAAACUACAUGGAAUUGCUUUA